AACUGCAGCAACACUAGUAGUUCAGCCUCUCCAGCAGCAGCCGGAAAAUUACCAACAGCAAGAUGAUUAAAGGACUGACACUUGUGGCCAUCGUCUGCCUGACAACCUCCAUCCUGGCAGCUCCUGCUCCCGAACCAGCUCCAGAACCAGCUCCUGCUCCAGCUCCUUCACCCAGUAUUGGCUUUGGAAUUGGACAUGGCUACGGUGGAUAUGGCCUGGGAUUGGGUCUAGGAUUUGGGCACUACGGAGGGCACUAUGGUGGACACUUUGGGGGAAUCGGUCUAGGACUGGGCUACCAUGCACCAAUCAUCUCCAAGACGAUCAUCGGUAAGAGCUACCUUGGUGGCUAUGGCUACGGCCUGGGACAUGGAUAUCUCGGAGGCUAUGGACAUGGACUUUAUGGAGGACACGGUCUGGGGCUGGGAUACGGACUGGGCUAUGGAUACGGCCAUGGUUGGUAG